UCCGCGCCGGCCCUGGCCUCGCCUCGCGGCGGCCGGUCUCGUCCGUUUUGUAGGUGCGCUCGGACUCGCUGUCGAGGGAACCGGACCGUCGUGGCGCCGCGUGGCCGCAGGUGACAAGCAUGGCAGCCCCACCGCUCCCACCACCAGACCCCCAGUUUGUCCUCCGAGGCGCCCAGUCGGCGGUGCACACACUGCAUUUCUGCGAAGGAGCCCAGGGGCAGGGGCGCCCGCUGCUCCUCUCAGGGUCCCUUCGUGGGCUGGUGCACAUCUGGAGCCUGCAGACACGGAGGGUGGUCGCCACCCUGGAUGGCCAUGGGGGCCAGUGUGUGACCUGGCUGCAGACACUGCCCCAGGGGCCCCAGCUCCUCAGCCAGGGCCGCGACCUGAAGCUGUGCGUGUGGGACCUGGCGGAGGGCAGGAACGCCGUCGUGGACUCCGUGCUCUUGGAGAGCGUGGGCUUCUGCAGGGGCUCUGUGCUGGCUGGGGGCCUGCAGCGCUGGUUGCUGGCUGUGCCGGGGAGAGGCAGCGAUGAGGUUCAGAUUCUGGAGAUGCCGUCCAAGACGUCAGUGUGCUCCCUGAAGCCCGAGGCACAGGCCAGGCUGGGCAUGCCCAUGUGCCUGCAGCUCUGGCAGGCUGACUCCAGUCCCGGCCCUCUCCUCCUGGCUGGCUACGAGGACGGCUCAGUGGCCCUGUGGGACGUCUCCUCACGGAAAGUGUGCAGCCGCGUCUCCUGCCACACGGAGCCCGUCAUGGGUCUGGACUUCGACUCCCAGGAGGCCAGGGGCGUCUCAGGCUCUGCGGAGAAGGCGCUGGCCGUCUGGAGCCUGGAUGAGCAGCAGGCCCUGCAGGUGCGUGGGACUCACGUGCUCACCAACCCCGGGAUCGCCGACGUCAAGAUUCGGCCAGACCGUAAGAUUCUGGCCACCGCGGGCUGGGACCAUCGCGUCCGUGUGUUUCACUGGCGGACGAUGAAGCCGCUGGCCGUGCUGGCCUUCCACAGUGCCACCGUGCACUGUGUGGCCUUCGCUGACGACGGCUUGCUGGCCACAGGGUCUGGGGAUCAGCGCAUCAGUGUCUGGUCUCUCUACCCGUGCACGUGACUCGUGGCUCCUUGUCAGGACACUUGGAUAGCGGGAAGGUGGUGCAAGGGGUCGGAGGCCAUGGGCCACGGGCCCCACUGGUCAUGGGAAGAGCCGGUCACUUGGGCCUCCUUCCUGCAUGGGACCUGCUCCCUUUCAUGAAGCACAGCGUCUGUGCCACAGCGAAUGCCAUUUAAAGCAUAACCAGGCCAGACACUGGGCACCAGCGACCCAGGCAAGAGGCCGACCUGGGGGUGCCUGAUAAUAAACUUGUUUGCAAACCUGCAAGCUUGAGGUACGAAUUCUCCCAGGUGACCCCCUGCUUCCCCGGGUGAUCAGAGCCCAGAGCUGUCUGUCCUCAGAGCCUCCACUGGGCAGGGUGGCUGGUCCGUCCAGCAGGGACGCCAAGUGUGGGCCCCGGGUCCUGGGCUCCUCACACCGCAGACGGCCAGGAGCUCCUGCAUCACAGGGUUGAACCGGUGACAGGCUCCUGACGGGAGUGCGGCAGGGAGAGGGCCCCCGAUGGGGGUGGCGGGGAGGGCACAGGGCUAGGCCUCCAGCAGGACCAGCAGGAGAAAAGAAGGGCCACCUCGUGGAGUGAGGCUGAGAGUGGCAGGUGGCUGUCCCAGUGUGGCUUCUAGGCAUAAAGCCCAGCAGCCCAACGAGACAGACGGGGACCAAGGGCACUGUUGCAGCCGCUCACACAGGGCAGCCGCCGGCGACUCCCACGUGGGGCCGAGCCCAGACCUCAGAACAGCUUCUCUCAAGGCUGGGCUAUGGAUUGGGAAGGAAUGGGACCCUGAAAAUUGGGAUGGGGGCUGUGGGCAGAGCCCGACCAAGCUGGGGGCCACAAACCCCUUCGUUCCAUCAGCUUCUUUGCCGGGAGAGCCCCCUUCGCACCCUACCUGAGGUCAGCCCCCGUUUGGCUGCAGGACCUGAAUGGCCUCCCCCGAGGCAGGGGCCCUAAGGGGCACUCAGGAACCCCCUACUCCACACUUUGCUUAUAACCAGACUGGGUCCCAGCAGGCCCGAGAGGGUGGGGUCUGCGGUGGCUGCGCUCCAGAAGGGCUGCGUGGCUUUCCCAGGCAUCUGGAGAACACGUGUGCAUCCAGGUGGCGGGAUGCCGAACCCACUGGAACAGGGCCCUGCUGGAGAGUCUGGCCUCCAGGUUCAGCUCGGGGGCUGAAGGGCUCUGAGGUUUGGCUGAUUGGUUGAAGCAGGGACCACGAGGGACACAAGUGGGGUUGAAAUGCCAGCACUGUGUGGGGUGCUGAGAGGGGGGCACCAAGGGUGUUGGGGGAGCUUCAUGUGAGACUAGCUCACCCUCCUCGGGCUCCAGAAGAUGUGACUCCCGGCAGCUGUGAGGACCACCUGCAUCCUUGGAGAGCUCUGUGGUCCCUCUUCCCCGAAGGUCAGAAGCGGCAGUGGGGACGGG